UUUUUGUGUGUCUUAAAAAAAAAAAUCAGUCUCAUUACUCCUGAACCGGUGAGCCAUAUGCUCAUCAGGGGCAAGGUCACACUCACCAUAUAACAUAAGCACAACAUCACUUAUAUUUAGAAUCAGAUCGAUCUGGAGUCAUUCCUCAGCUUUGGUCCUUAUUAGCUGUGUGACCUUGGGCAAGUAACUCUACCUCUCUGGCUUGCACCGUUUUUGUUUUCAAUUAGUCAAUGCAAAUAUUUCCUCCCCCCUUGCAGAAUUUUAUGAGAUGAAGCACUAAUGUAUCUACAUGUCCACCGGUCAAAAGUCUACAUAAAGUAUGCAGAAAUUUUUACAACCCUAUUAAGCCUCCCAGAGGCUCUGAGAUCAGAACACGUUUCAAAACACUAUAAUGCUUCACAUUGUUAUGAAAGGUAUGCCUAAGCUUUAAGGAGCGCUCAGGGCAGCUCUCUUAUAAAUCGAGCGUUUUCUUUGAAUUCCUCUUGGUUGGUGAAGUUCAUGCCUACCGCCAUCGACUACGGGACUGUUAGGUGCACACGCAUGGACUAUGCAUCGCGAACUUUCCGGCACUGGGUGAAAAUGCAGAUUCUGAUUGGACAGCUGCGGGGUGGGGACCUGUGAUCUGCACUGCAAAGCAGCACCCAGGUGAUGUCCGUGGAGGGAGUCACUCUGACCAGCCAGUCCGCUUACAGGGCUCCCCCACCACCUCCGCACUACAGAAACUGGGGUCUGGAGCAUUUGCGUGGUGCGGGGCAGUUCUGUGCACGACACGAGGUUCAGCAGCAUCCCAGGCCGCUACCCCUCGGAUGCCGACAACUCCCACCCUCCCGCUAAGUCACUCCAAACGCCCCCAGACGUUGCCAGAUGCCCCUACAUCGGCCGGUGGAGGACCAUGCCCUGUAGGAUGCUACAAGCAAGGAUGAGCUGGGCGCUCCCCAGUUUCUCUCUGCUGAGAGGCAGUCACCGUCUCUGUACCUGCACAUGGUGGUCUCAGUGACGGAACGUCUCCUGCAGGAUGGCCGCUCAAGUGAAGAUGAGGACCCUUCUGCUCGUGAUCCUGUUCCUGUGUGGGGCCCGGAGCCGUGCGAAGUCAAGGCCCAACUUCGUCCUGUUCAUGGCGGACGACCUUGGCAUUGGGGAUCCUGGUUGCUAUGGAAACAAGACCCUCAGGACUCCCAACAUUGACCGGUUGGCCAGCGAGGGGGUGAAACUCACUCAGCACCUGGCGGCCUCCCCCCUGUGCACACCCAGCAGGGCGGCCUUCUUGACCGGCCGCUAUCCCAUCCGAUCAGGGAUGGCAUCUCAGUCCCAGGUGGGGGUUUUCCUCUUCUCGGCCUCUUCGGGAGGACUUCCCCGCAGUGAGAUUACGUUUGCUAAGCUUCUGAAGACGGAAGGCUAUUCAACAGCUCUAAUAGGGAAGUGGCACCUGGGGACCAGCUGUCACAACAGAACCGACUUCUGCCACCACCCCUUAAGCCACGGCUUCGACUACUUCCACGGGCUCCCGGUGACCAACCUGAGGGACUGCAAGCCUGGAGAUGGCACUGUCUUCACCGCGGCCUUCCAGCUGCUGGUCUUCUCGCCCCUGCAGGUCAUCGGCAUCACGCUGCUCACCCUGGCGGUGCUCAAGUACCUGGGGCUGCUCCGCGUGCCCCCUGCCGCCUUCUUCUGCCUCCUCUUCCUGGCCGCCCUGAUCCUCGUCCUCCUGCUGGCCUUCCUCCAUUACUUCCGGCCCCUGAACUGCUUCCUGAUGAGGGACCACGACAUCAGCCAGCAGCCCAUGUCCUACGACAACCUCACGCAGCGGCUGACGGCGGACGCGGCCCAGUUCCUACAACGGAAUGCUGAGACACCUUUCCUGCUGGUCCUGUCUUACCUGCAAGUGCACACGGCUCUCUUCUCCAGCGAGGACUUUGCCGGCAAAAGUAAACACGGCGCUUACGGGGACGCUGCGGAGGAGAUGGAUUGGAGUGUGGGGCAGAUCUUGGAUGUUCUGGAUGAGCUGAAACUGGCUAAUAACACCCUCGUCUACUUCUCCUCGGACCAAGGAGCACACGUAGAGGAGAUGAGCAUCAGAGGGGAAGUUCACGGAGGCAGUAAUGGAAUCUAUAAAGGGGGAAAGGCGAACAACUGGGAAGGUGGUAUCCGGGUCCCAGGCGUCCUCCGCUGGCCGGGGGUGAUCCAGGCUGGGCUGGAGAUCGAUGAGCCGACAAGCAACAUGGACAUAUUUCCGACGGUGGCCAAGCUUGCCGGGGCGCCGCUGCCUGAAGACAGGAUCAUUGACGGGCGCGACCUGAUGCCCCUGCUCCGAGGGGAAAGCCAGCAUUCGGAUCACGAGUUUCUCUUCCAUUACUGCAACUUCUACCUGAACGCUGUGCGCUGGCACCCGCGGAACAGCACGUCCAUCUGGAAAGCCUUUUUCUUCACACCCAACUUCUCCCCCGAGGGUGCCAACGGAUGCUUCUCCACACACGUGUGUUUCUGUCACGGACGACACGUCACCUACCACGACCCGCCCUUACUGUUUGACCUCUCCAAAGACCCGCGGGAGAGAAACCCGUUAACUCCGACGUCCGAGCCCCAGUUCCGGGAGAUCCUGGGGGCCAUGCAGCAGGCGGCAGACCGCCACACCGAGACCCUGCGAGACGUCCCCAAUCAGCUGUCGCUGGGGAACAUUAUCUGGAAGCCGUGGCUUCAGAUGUGUUGCUCCUCGCCCAGCCUGUCUUGCCAGUGUGACAGAGAAAAGCAGGACGGAACAGGGAGCCGCUAGCUGUGUGUGUCUGAGGACGCACCGUGCCCGCCCCGCCAGCUACAUGACGGACGCGCACUGGGAGCCACCCUGGGUAAAGCCGGCCCUGGCAGAUUUGGAUCAUCAAACCUGCGAUUUGGAUCAUCCUCUGUCUUAUCACGUGGAGACUCCGUCAAGAGCCCCGCAGUUACCCCAUGGGGUAAAUAGAGGCACGGAUGUGAGACUUCCAUCUUCCGUGGCUGAAUGCGGGAGAGGGGAUUCCACUGGGUAUGUCCAACACCGGGGCAGACAGAGCGUAGCAAGGUGCACAGCUCACCUCUUCACCUCUCAGCCAACGUGUAUGAUCCACGGCAGAAGGUGUCACUCAUCCGACAAGCUGACGUGGGGCGGGGGUAGCUCAAGUGAUAGAGAGCAUGCUUAGCAUGCGGGAGGUCCUGGGUUCAGUCCCCAGUACCUCUAAAAGUAAGUAAACAGACUUUACCUCCUCCCCCCACAAAAAAAAAUAGUAAAAGAAAAUUUUUUUUAAAACUCUGUUUAAAAAAAUAAAAGGUAUGAGCUGAUGUGAUGCUGUGGGCACCGUGAUUCUCACAGAGGUCUCUGAUGAAAAACAGAAUGAUGUUUAAAAAGUGCUCUCUGCGGCUAACAUACGCAACUUGAUCACGAAUAAAAGACUGUCUUAUUAAACAAUAAUGGAUGAUGGUGAGUUCCAGCUUGGCUAUUGGAAGGCCAUGACUGUCAGUAUUAUUUUCAAGACGUACGAAAUGCUAUCAUGACAUCUACUGUUGUGUAUACGUAGUUUCUUCAAGAAGUUUGCAAUAUUUAAAAUCUGGAACUAGAAGCUUAAUACUGUUUAUGUGAGAACAGCAGAGACUCACAGACAGAUUUGUUUGUGCAGCAGACUUUGGGUGGAACCCCUCGGGAAUGAUAAUGCCAAGGCAGAUCUCUUCUGUACAAAUUUCUGUCUCAUAAUUUAUAGCAUUGUAUUUGGGUUCUACUGUUUUUUGGGGGAACGGAGGUUCUGAACUGAAGGACCACUUCAGCAAUGCUACGGUUCAAGGAGUCCCUUGUGAUGUAAUUCAGAAUCAUCGGCGUGGAGAAUGUACGAUAUUUUGUGUGGUGUCAGGGGGACAAGCAAUCCGUGAUCCUUGCCCAUAACCAUGACAUCCUGAGUUCUCGCAGAAUUUAGUGCUGAGAGAACAAUAGUUGAUGUCGGUACUUGUGUUUUGUGUGGUCUGAUCCUGUGGCUAAGAAAUAUCUAUUCCUGGAAUCCGCCAUGAGAUGUGCACUGUUGUUUAAAUUCCAUUUCCCCCAAGCUCAGGAACGCAGGGACAUGGCGUCACCGGAUCUCGUGGGAGAUCGGCGGAUAGGGACAGAGCUGGAGCGAGUUCCGCCAGCCCCUCCCGCGGAAAGACGUCACCCGCGCGGAGAACACACCUGUCACCUUCAGACACUGUGCAUCCUCCGCCCACACUGCACAAAUUCCUCUGUCGGUCAGUCCGCAGGAGCUGCCGUCCUUCCGCCACCCAUUCAUCUCUUUUGGGAACAUGUCUGAACAUCACUCUCAGCUCAGAGUUUUCUCAAUUCCAUGAGGGUGCCAGUAAAUGGAGUGCCUGACCCCGCCGCGCACUUUGGAAAGGAUGCAUGCUCCUGUGCCCCAGGCUUUCCGACUGUGGGCUGGAGUUUCCUCCGUUUGUCCCCACUGGAGAAUUUCUGAGAUUCGGAAGCCUUUCCCAAGCUCCUGUUGAAGUUCUGCUAGUUUGGAUUUUAACCUUUCUUUUUCUUAAAAAAAAAAAAAAAGAAAUGAUUUCCCCCGCCUCCCUGGGAAUGGUUCAAAGUUGGCAAGCAAGCGGGGUUCUUGUUAUGGUCUGGAUUUCUCAUUCCAAAACAAUUGCCAAACAUCUGUCACAUUGUUGUAGGAAAUACUCUCGUUCAAGAGUGCACGUUAAAGAGAGCGUGUUAAUAAUGUGUUAGGAUUACUGCUCAUAUGAUCAGGGAAAAUACUCUGUAAGAUCACUGUUAUGAACUGAAUGUUUAAAAUGAUUGUGUUUACUCCAAGUUGAACAUAGUCAGUGAAAUUGGACUUUGACGGAACACUUUAUGACGUGGGGAUGUGUAUUUGAGGACGAAAUAACUUGAGGUACUGUCACAGUGUUUCUAUACAUGGCUGUGUAUGGAAUUAAUUGUUUAAUCUGUGCAAUAUUAACAACCAAGAAGGGCACACAUACGUCUGGAUGUACAAAGAGCUUUCCAGUAUUUGCCUCAGAAUAGCUUCACUUGCCUUUAUCAGUAUUUGAAAAUCAGGUUUAUUUAUAAUAAUCAUAAUUACCUUCGACUUCAAAUCACAUACCGUCUGAAAGUUUUGCUUGGAAUGUACAACAGGAAAUUUCAGUUCCCAUUGGUAUGAGCUCUUGAGUUGCAUGUCCAAACCUUAGUGGGUUUUGAAGCUUUAAACAAAUUCUUCUUGGAAAACGACUUUGUAUUUCUAGCAUUUCAUGGAUAUGAAAAGCUAAGCAAACGGUAACCUAUAGAUAGGCAUUAUUUUAGGAGGCCGGUAACGCUGCCUGGAAAGCAGAAUCCCGGCCUACCCAUCGUGGGAGCUAAGGAGUCAAGACAGGACCGUGAUUUCAGGUGGCCCUGAAGGGCAGCCAGUGAGGCGUGGAGACGGGCAAGUCUUUGGCACAUGUCUG